UUUGCGUGGCGAAUUUAUAGUAUUAUUUUAUACGUUUGAAUUCGGUUCCCAUUCUCCUUUGAAGAACUAAUCUAAAAUGGCAGCAGAGGAAGGCCAAGUGAUUGCUUGCCACACUCUUCAGGCUUGGAACGAGCAGCUUCAGAAAUGCAACGAAUCCAAAAAAUUGGUGGUGGUUGAUUUCACUGCAUCAUGGUGUGGACCCUGCCGCUUUAUUUCACCUUUCCUGGCGGAACUAGCCAAGAAAUUCCCUUCUGUCACCUUUCUUAAGGUGGAUGUUGAUGAGUUGAAGGAUGUUGCUGCCGAUUGGGCUGUUGAGGCAAUGCCGACUUUCAUGUUUCUCAGGGAGGGUAAGAUUUUGGGAGAAGUAGGAGCACAGAAAGACGAGCUUCAACAGACUGUUAAAGCAUAUGGCUGCCUCUAGUACUACUGCUGCUUGAUUAUUAGUUCUAUUAUCACAUCUUUCAUGUCUGAAGGAGCUUAUUAUUAAAGAU